AGGCAGGCUUACGCCAAUAUGCCAUCGAACAUGGAAUGGAUCCCGAGAAAUUUUCGGUCAUUACUGAGACUGAGAAAAAUAGGUGGGCCAUGGGAUGCUUCCGUGAGGACUUGGAGAAAGAUAUACGGUUCUGUCGUGGAGGAAUAAAAAGGAAUGAAGAUACCAGAAAAUAUCACAAAUUUUUAACAGAUCGGGAUAGGCUGGUCGGUGAAGAGUUAUUACGUCACGGUAUACUAAAGAAGUUGAUGAUCUUAUGGAAGAAUGGGAAAAAACUUAUAAUCAAUUCACAAAGAUAUUUAACUAAGUCUAAAGUAACUUACAACGCAUAA